AUGGUCGUCAACACUCCUGCUACCUGCUGCCGCUCCGGCGACAACGUCGAGUGCGCCUGUGCUCAAAAAGCCACAUGCUCAUGCGGUCAAAAGUCCGCUCUCCAAUGCACAUGCUCCAAAGCCGCCUCCGAAAACACCGUCAACGGUCCUCGAUGCUCAUGCCGCGCUCGACCCGCCGGUGAAUGCACAUGCGACCGCGCCGCUACCGAGAACGUCACACCUACCGGUUCAACCUGCGCUUGCGGAUCUCGUCCUGCUGGUGGCUGCACUUGUGAGAAGGCUGCUGAUGGUGGCUUUAACCCUGCCAACGAGAUCGACUUCACUACCAAGAAAUAA